AUGGAGCUGCAUAGCACGAGCGACGAGGGCCGCCGCGACGGGAUCUACAACCAGAGAGAGCACGGACGCCGAGGAUCGCUCUCCCGUGCAGCGCCGCAGCGGCUCGUCGGCGGCUCGUCGGCUGCGGCCUCGAACGGAGAUCGCAUGGAGGUUGACGAGGAACCUCCCUCUCUGAGCAGUGCUCCAGCGGAGCCUGCGCAGCAGCAGCAGCAGCAGCAAGCAAGCGUGCUCACGCUGGUGGCAGACAUCGGACGCCUCGAGCUGGAGGAGGUUGGCCACCGUGCCGCCGCUCGCGAAGCGAUUACAGCGACAACCGGGACGCAAACAUCAGGCGUGCCGACGCCUCGCGAGCUGCGUGCCCAAGCCCGGCUCGACUUGCAAGUCGUAGGGCUGCGCGAGGAGGAGCGGCGGCGGCAGCGGCUGCACGCGGCGGCAACGACGAGGCUCGUUCGAGAACUGGCGCUGAAGCUCUCGAACCCGCUGCGACACUUUGGCUGGGGUGCAUUCAUUCAGUUGAUGAUGUGCGAAUUCGUCAUGCGGCCAGAGGUACAGGGCCGCUCCGGCCGCUCCCUCGGCGUAGCGUUUCGCUCGCAGCUGCUGCUGGUGUACGAGCCCAGCGACGUGCCGACGCUCCCGGGCCUCUACAGCCUCGACGUCUUGCAGGCGUCGCUCAACACUCCGCUGUUGCAGCGGGCCGCCCUGCAGGCGAUCGACGACGUGAAGCUCUUCUCGCUCCACCUGCCCGGCGUGCUCGGCAAGGUGGAGCCGACAGAGGCCGACUCGCUCCUCGGCCUGUGGCAGCGCGCGGCGGAGGUGCGGGCAGCGGAGGCGCGCCGGCCGCAGCGCGGCCGGCCACGCAAUCGCAUCGAGUACGCGCUGCGUCAAAACAUGACGGGUAAUCGUUACUCGGCCGCCCUGCGCAAGGCCGUGUACUUGUACCGCCACAAAAGCGGGACGGAGCGCUCAAUCUCGAUGCGCGGCGCUGCGUCGCUCGCUCGGGAUGGCGCCACGCUCCUGUUCGACAUCUCGGACGACGAUAUCGCACGCGUGCGGCUGCCGAGCGCGGGCACGUGCUCCCUCAUCGACCGGGCCGUCCACCGGGUGCAGCGCAUGCAAGAGGCCGGUUCGUCUACCGUCUCCUCAGAAGCUGGGCUCGGCAUCUCGUGGACAGAGCUAGAGCCGACGCUCUACGGCCGGGCGACCCAGCGUCGCUCGAGCUGCCCCGUGCCGACGGACAGGUACGACGAGCACUUGAACGACAUCAUUGUGCAUAACAUGCAGGACCUCUCACCGUGGGCCGACAGCCAGGACGUGCAGGCGAGGGCGCCGAUCUCGGGGAUGACGAUUCGCGCCGGAUCGCUCUUCAACCGCUUCAAAUCGGGAGCCCCCACCGGGUGGGUGGCGAAGCUGUUCGCGGGCGAGGCACCGACGGAGCGCAAGCUGGUCAUGCAGCGCUUUACCGACGGCAGCGAGUUUGGCGGGCACUGGCACCAGCUCCUCUUCUUCGUCGACCAGAGACGG